CGGAUUUCCACUGGCACUUAGGUCUAUGAGCGCUUGACCUGUUCCAAUGGAGAAUGGGAAAGUACAGUAUUUUCAUAGCCAGAUGGAUUUGGCUGCUUGCCUGUUGUGUGUCUUUCUAUUGCCUAGUACAGUAUGUAUCAAGACAUGACAACUCGGAAGGACUCACGCGAGUGGAAAGAGCUUUGCCACCUUGGCUUCCGUAUGGUAGCAACGACGUCAGGAAUAAGACCGUAGAAGAAGAUUAUGAGUUCAACCCCUCUCAACACAAUCGGUCGGCAUUCUUCGCUACCGAGGUGCUUACGAGUUGUCCUAUCAAUCUUAAGAAACGGAUGAAAUGCAACGCCGACGCAAAAGCACCACCAAAGUUGAUUCUUUCAUGGAAUGUUGGAGCCACACAAGAGAAUUUGGGCGGAUGUCCAGAUUGGAACUGCGAAUUGACUCAUGACAUGAAGAAGCUCAAGGAAGCUGAUGCGGUUCUAUUUUAUGAAGGAGUCGAUAUUAAUCGCACAUCCAACCAGUACUUCAUAUAUUUUAGUCAGGAAUCGCCAAAAAAUAGCAGAGCCAAUAUUCCUUAUGAUAGCUUUUAUAACAUGUCGCUGGGAUUCCGACACGAUUCACCAACAUCAUCGCCUUACGGUUACACAGUCAAGUUAUCAGCACGAUCUCGGCUUAGCAAAGAAGUAGUCGACAUGACGCGGGUCAACAAAAAAAGCAAAGGAGCCGCUUGGUUUGUUUCACACUGCUAUACGAACAGCAAGCGAGAGAAGUACGUCGAGCAGUUGCAGAAACAUUUUCCUGUUGAUAUCUAUGGCGGCUGUAGUCAGCUAAAGUGCGCAAGAGGAGGAAAAUGUGAAAAUGCUUUAGACGAUGAGUAUCACUUCUAUAUCGCUUUUGAGAAUUCAAUCUGCAAAGACUAUGUCACUGAAAAACUAUGGAAUCAGGGUUAUCGACGUGAUGUUGUUCCUAUAGUGCUCAAGAGAUCGCUGGUCGAGAAAAUUGUGCCUCCGCAUUCAUUUAUUGCUGCCGACGAUUUUAACACAACAAAAGAUCUUGCUAAUUAUUUACGUUAUCUUAUGCAAAACAAAAGUGCCUAUACAGAAUAUUUCAAUUGGCGGCGGGAUUAUAAAGUAGUAUUUCUUGACGGCAAUGCCCAUGACUCGCUGGAACGACCAUGGGGUUUCUGUCAGAUCUGCCGAUUAAUAUGGGAGAAUCCUCGGCCACAUUAUUCAAUACCAAAUUUCAAAAAAUACUGGGACUGGUCGUGCGAGAAAGAUGGAGAACUAGUCGAUAGAAUUCUGGAAAACGAAAUAGGAAGUUCAGGUAAACAUCUGGUCUUAUCCGCGGGUAAAUCAACAGCACAAAGCUCAAGCAAAUAAAGAAGUUCAAAUAAAGUUUUAUAUUACUCCACUACUCCUCAGGAUAUCUGUGAUGAUUUUUACUGUGAUAAUUACAUUCCAUGCGUCCUUCGUUUUGCUGAC